AUUCAGGGAAUUGAACUUAGAUGAUGGGAAGUUAAUAGCAACCACCAAGACUAGGGACAAGUCAAAGAAACAACCCCGGCUGAGUCGCUGGGAUGUAGGCGGGGGAGACAAGAGUCCUGGUAGGAGGCGCUGGGGAUCCUCCUUUCUCCAUACCCACCAGGGAAGCCCGGGGCUCCUGAGUCAUCAGGGCACAGCCCGGGGCAGAGCACACUAGAGGUCUCUCAGGCUUGUUCCUGUUACGCCCCUCCUCCAGGCAACAUCGUUCACUGCACAAUUUCCCAGAAGGGUGUUAAAUGCAGUGAUGAAAAGAGGUGGGGAGUGACCAGGGUUCACAGAGGAGGGAACAAAGUGACAUUCUCGGGGCUAUAUAAACUCUCCGAGGCCGCCAAAGGGUGUGUGGAGGCUGGAAGCUGGCUAGUGCAGCCAGAGAGGAAAGAAGCCGAAGUCCUUCCCAGAGCCGGCCGGGGACGCAGGGGCUCUGAGCACACACCACCUAUCGAUCAUGGUGCGCGCGCCCUGCCCGCUGCUGCUGCUGCUGCUGCUGCUGGUGCCGCCUCUGCUUCAGCUCUCCGCGGCCACACCGGAGCCCUGCGAGAUAGACGACGAGGACGUGCGCUGCGUCUGCAACUUCACGGAUCCGGAGCCGGACUGGUCCAGCGCCUUACAGUGUAUGAGUGCCCUCGAGGUGGAGGUCCAUGGCAGCGGCCGCAGCCUGCAACAAUUUGAAAAGUUUGCCGACACCAACCCGAAGGAGUAUGUUGACUUGGUCAGGGCUCUGCGCUUGCAGAGACUCACGGUCGGCGCCGCACAGAUUCCGGCUCCGCUUCUCGUCGCCGUCCUGCGUGGGCUCGGGUCCUCCCGCCUCAAGCAACUAACGCUCGUGGACUUGGAAGUAACCGGCACGAUGCCGGUGCCACCUCUGGAAGACCUUGGACCUAAGCUUCUCACCCUCAGUCUCCGUAACGUCUCGUGGGCAACAGGAGAUGCCUGGCUCGCCAAACUGCAGCAGUGGCUCAAGCCAGGCCUCAAAAAACUGAACAUUGCGCAAGCACACUCGCUCGCCUUUCUCUGCGCAGACCUCCACACCUUCUCCUCCCUCCAGACCCUGGACCUGUCGGACAAUCCCGCACUGGGAGAGCGCGGACUGACUGCGGCUCUCUGUCCCAACAAAUUCCCGACCCUGGAGGAGCUAACGCUGCGCAACUCUGGGAUGGAAACGCUAAGCGGCGUGUGCGCAGCGCUGGCGGCGGCGGGUGUGAAACCACAGCGCUUAGACCUCAGCCACAACUCUCUGCGCGCCACGACCCAGGGCGCUCCCGCUUGCACCUGGCCCAGCGCACUGAACUCUCUCAACCUGUCGUUCGCUGGCCUGGAGCAGGUGCCUCAAGGACUGCCGGCAGAGCUCAGUGUGCUUGAUCUCAGCUGCAACAGGCUGCGCAAGAUGCCGAGGCUAGAGGAGCUGCCCAAGGUGACUAGCCUGACACUGGACGGGAAUCCCUUCCAGGAACCGGAUGCCUCCAAAUACCAAGAAGUCCCGAACUCCGGUGUGGUCCCAGUCUCCACGUGUUCAGCCCUGGCCAUGGGGAUGUCAGGAACUGUUGCACUGCUUCGAGGGGCUGGGGCCUUGGCCUGAGAAGGCCCAGGGGAGAAGAAUGGAUUGGCUCAGGUUGCCGUGGCUCUGGAGGAGCCUCGGCAGGAAGCCUCUACCAACCACUUUUCUGCCCAUCUUCAUUAAAAUCUUAAGCAGCGGUCCUUGUCAUUCACUCAGCAGAUGUUUGCUGUGUGUCUGCUAAGUACUAGGCACAAUGAUGGAUGGGGAAUCCAUUAUAUUGAGAUUUUCUUCAUCCCAAUUCCCCAGAAACGAUAUCUGCCUAAGCAGAGAACUUCAGGGGUGGAAGGCUCAAGGGGAUGCUGCCUGUCUAGGGCUGUGUGGAAGAAACAAAGGGUUCCUGUGCAAUCCAGGCUUUUUGAGCAGAUUACUGGUACCUGUGUAAAAGGCUAUUUGUAAACAUAACAGGGAAGGUACAGAAUGUUUCCUUUCUGGUGCAUUUUUCAUGAUCCAGCUGGUCUCCCCAAAACAAUAAAAGCCGCAGCCACUUGCUUCCUCUCUGUCUCUGAGGCAGGAAGGACAGCUGUGCCUGCUGUCCUACAUUAA